UUUAUUUGGGGGUGGAGUUAAGGUUUUUUUUUUUUGGGAUUGUGUUUCUUUUGGGAUUUUUGUUUGUGUUGGUUGUAGAUCUGUGGUAGGUUUGGUUUGAAAUAUUGUGAAUUUGUUGGUAGAGGUUAGGGUUUUGAUUGUAUUUAAUGGGUGGAACAGUUUGCUCUGUUUAAGGUUUGUGUUUGAUUUGCUUUUCGGAUUGUCGAGGUUGCUACCUUCUUCUGCUUGCUCAAGAGGGUGUCUUGGAAUAUGUGAAAUUGUGAAUCUUUCAAAAAUAAGUGUCUCGGAUUUUCUUUUGUUCAUGCAUGUGUUGUUGUUGUUCUUGGCUUUGCAACUAACCCUUUUUUAUUCUUUAGUAUGUAAGGUUUGAUGUGCGUGUGAUGGUUUUCAUGAGAAAACACCAGCGACAUUGUUGGAAGCCGAGUCUAGUUGUGUGUUAUUUUUGGUGAAGUUAUUCUAGUUUGAUUACUAGUGGUUUGGUUCGGAAUUCUGAUGAUGGUCAAGUACUAUUUCAUGGCUGUAACAUUGCAUUUUUUUGCUUCCUAAUGCAUUAUGUUUCAGAGGAAAACUUUCUUCCUUCUAAUGCAACCGCAAAAAGCUAAUAAACUGUUUCCUUUUUGGAUUUAACUUGGGCUAAGCUCAAGGCUAUCCAAAAUGCUUUAUCGGAUCAAACACAAGUUACUCAUUGGUCGAUCAUGGAAGAAGUUAGAUUCGUUAAAUUACCCUCUUAAACUGUAAAAUAAUGGGGAACCUGAGGGAUGCACACAACUCUUUGUAUUUGUGGGAGAUCAUGUGUGUGUGUGUCUGUGUAUCUAUGUGUGUGUGUAUGCAUAGACAUUAUCUGUGAUUGGAUAGAAUUUCCAACGUUCUACAUUAUCUGUAGAACUAUCUUUCAUAAGAGAUUGGAAUCACUUGGAGGGUAAUCAUAUUUUGGUUAGAAUACAUAGUGUUUGUAGUUUUUAUUUUGUUUACUGAGUGUUAGGUUAUUAGACUGUAUAUCACACUUCGAUGCCAAGGAGGUAGGAUGCCAGGGAGGUAGGCAUUUUUUACAGGGUGCGUGGGUGUAGUAUCUGAGAUUGAGUUUUUUAGGAUGUCUCAAUGUGAUUUCUUUGAUCAAUGGACAAGAAGAUAGAUACAAAAUUUGGAUUGGUAUGAGGUAGGCAUUUUUUACAGGGUGCGCGGGUGUAGCAUCUGAGAUUGAGUUUGUUAGGAUGUCUCAAUGUGAUUUCUUUCAUCAAUGGACAAGAAGAUAGAUACAAAAUUUGGAUUGGUAUAUUAAAUAAACGUUCAUCUUAGAAAGCUAAUGCUUAUGAAGGGGACAAUUUUUAAUAGGUUAUUUGUGUUUUGUCAGUUUAUACUUGGCAUCUUUUGACUAUGAAGCCAGUUCAACAACCCAAGCCUACAAAGUUCCACCUAUGACCUGGCCUUGUUAAUUAACUUUCUUUUUGCUUUUCUUUUUCUGGAUUUUCGUGGGCUUAUUUAUUUGUGCCUAGUCAUAGCUGAUCUAGCACAGCUAUGCAUCAAAUUUUCAAUUUUAAAUAAGUGCAUAAAUUCACUGUCAUUUCUUUUGAUCAAUUGAUAUUGAGCCCUGCUACAUGUAUUGGAGGCUUCUUUUAUAUUGUCAAUUCUGCCAAUAUGCUCAUCUUUCUGUAAUUUCUCUGACAAAUUUGCGGUUUCUCUUGUUCCUAGUCCUAUGAGCAGAGGACAACCUAAUAUAGCUGUAUUACAUGUUUAAAUCUUGUAAUGAAAAAGGUUUAUAUAUGGUUUGAUACAAGAUGCUUUGACUCAAUUUGGGUGUCACAAUCUUAGAAAGGGUUGUGCGGACCACUCAGGCCUUGAGUCACAACAUGUGUUCUGGCAGCUGGUGAUUACUUUUGCUAGCAUGGCAACAAGUAAUUUAUUCUUUGAUGAUAUACGGAGCAAAGUUGAUGUUGAUCCUCCUCAAAAUGAAGAGUCAACAGAUGUUGGUGAAUUAGUAAAUGAUCCUGCACAAACUGCACUAAAACCUAAUGGUACUGUUUCAAGCAGUGUUCGUGAGCUUUUAGAGUGCCCUGUAUGCUUGAAUGCCAUGUACCCUCCAAUCCAUCAGUGUUCAAAUGGUCACACACUAUGCUCUGGCUGCAAACCCAGGGUCCAUAAUCGGUGCCCUACUUGUAGGCAUGAGCUUGGGAAUAUCAGAUGCCUGGCACUGGAGAAAGUGGCUGCAUCUUUGGAACUUCCAUGUAAAUAUCAAGGUUUUGGGUGCAUUGGUAUAUAUCCAUAUUACAGCAAGCUAAAGCAUGAAUCACAAUGUGCAUAUAGACCUUACAACUGUCCAUAUGCUGGUUCAGAAUGCUCUAUUAUGGGUGAUAUACCCUUCCUGGUGGCUCAUCUGAAAGAUGACCACAAAGUGGACAUGCACAAUGGUAGCACUUUCAACCAUCGCUAUGUCAAAUCAAAUCCACAUGAAGUUGAAAAUGCCACAUGGAUGUUGACGGUCUUCAGCUGCUUUGGUCAGUAUUUUUGUCUACAUUUUGAAGCUUUUCAGCUUGGAAUGGCUCCUGUCUACAUAGCCUUUUUGCGGUUCAUGGGUGAUGAUAAUGAAGCAAAGAAUUAUAGCUACAGUUUAGAGGUAGGUGGAAAUGGGAGGAAGAUGAUUUGGCAGGGUGUACCAAGAAGCAUCAGGGACAGCCACCGCAAGGUUCGUGACAGUUUUGAUGGUCUCAUCAUUCAGAGAAAUAUGGCCCUUUUCUUUUCCGGCGGUGACAGGAAGGAAUUGAAGCUAAGGGUUACUGGUAGGAUUUGGAAAGAACAAUGAAUGAAUAGGAGAUGAUGUCCUUCAACUAGCAAUGAUAUUUAGGCCAAUAGUUUGUAGUGCAAAGUCGUUUCUUGUAGUGAUAUGUACCUUCUGGUCAUGUAAUUGUCUUUUGCAACUUAGGAGGCAAACUCUCUUUGCUUAUCCUCACAUCAAGUACAUGAACAAGAAGUUGUACAUCGCAUCAUUAUGAUAAUAUAGAUAUGUAGAACCUUAAUUUUCUGUG